AGCAUCAUUUUAUGAUUCGAUAUUGAAAGUUUUUUUUUCUCAUCAUCUCCUUCCAUGAUGACGAUGACGAUGAUUAUGUUGGUUUUGUUUAUGAUGAUGGCUAUUCUUGUUAUUUAUGAUUUUAUGAAUUAAAUUUUUUUUUAAAAUGAUUUAAUGAUUUUAAAAUUCCAUCAUCGACACUCACAAAAUUCACUGUUUUUCUAUGUUUGUGUUUUACUGAUUGCUGGCAAUCAGAAUUUAUUAUUCAACAAUUUGACAAUUUGAUUUUAUUUUAAAGAAGAAAAAAAAAUUCAUCAAACUCAAUUUCUAAUAUAAAUCCUAUAUAUAGUUUUUAUUCUUGAAUCGAAAUAUUUUACUUUAUUAUCCUGAAGUUUGAGAAUUGAUAAUAAUAAUAAUUGUCAUUAAGAAUAAUGAGUGAAGGACAACACCAACAACAACAAUCUCCAUUGCAUCAUCAACUUGGAUCACCACCACCACCAUCAUCAUCAUCAUCAUCAGUAAUCGGAUCAACAGGCAUGAUGGUUGAUUCAAGUAUACCGGUACAAUUAGUUAGUAUACCACCGCCGAAUAUUACAUUGCCAACUUCAUUACAUCAACAACAACAACAACAACAACAGCAUCAACAACAACAACAACAACCAACAACAUCAUCAUCAUUAUCAGCAACAACAAUAUCGAAUCAAGGGGCAUUCUAUAAUCUAACAUUAUCAAUGGCAUUAGAAAUUCCACCUACUGUUGCUAUUGAAGAAUAUACAUCGGAUGAUUCACAAUAUCCAUUACAACAUUUACCACAUCAACCAAUGAUUAAACCUACAGUUGUAAAAGAAGGUUGGAUAUAUAAAAGAGGUGAACAUAUAAAAAAUUGGCGUCCAAGAUAUUUUGUUCUAUUCACUGAUGGAUCAUUACGUGGUUUUAAAAAACGACCCGAUCCAGGCAACUAUGAUGAUCCAAUGAAUAAUUUUACUGUACGUGGUUGUCAAAUAAUGAAAACUGAUCGACCAAAACAAUUUACAUUCAUUAUCCGUGGCCUACAAUGGACUUCGAUUAUUGAACGAACAUUUCAUGUUGAUUCUGAACAAGAUCGUGAUGCAUGGUGUACGGCCAUUGCACAUGUUUCACAAUCAUUGCCACCACUAGAUCCAACACAAUCGACUGAUGUUGAAAUGUCCGAUGCAAAUGUAACGGCCGACAGUAUGAAUCGUUUGCAGAUAACAUCACGUGAAUCAUCACGUGGCCGACGUAUACAACUUGAUGAUUUUGAAUAUUUAAAAGUAUUGGGCAAAGGAACAUUCGGUAAAGUGAUAUUAUGCCGCGAAAAGAAAAGCGGUUCAUUAUUCGCCAUUAAAGUGUUGAAAAAAGAGGUGAUCAUUGAAAAGGAUGAAGUGGCACAUACGUUGACCGAAAAUCGUGUCCUUCGAUAUACGAAACAUCCAUUUCUAAUUUCAUUGAAAUACUCGUUCCAAACCGAAGAUCUACUUUGUUUCGUCAUGGAAUAUGUAAAUGGUGGCGAAUUAUUUUUCCAUCUUACACAUGAAAGAAAAUUCUCUGAAAGUCGUACUCGUUUUUAUGCCUGUCAAAUAAUUUUGGCACUAGAUUAUCUACAUAGUCGUGGUAUAAUAUAUCGUGAUCUCAAGCUGGAAAAUCUUCUGCUUGACAAUGAGGGUAAUAUAAAAAUUGCCGAUUUUGGCCUUUGUAAAGAAGAGAUCACAUAUGGUUCAACAACAAAAACAUUCUGUGGUACGCCUGAAUAUUUGGCACCAGAAAUUCUGGAUGAUACUGAUUAUGGCCGAGCUGUCGAUUGGUGGGGAUUAGGUGUGGCCAUGUAUGAAAUGAUUAUAGGAAGAUUGCCCUUCUACAAUAAUGAUCAUGAUAUACUAUUUGAAUUAAUACUUGUGGAAGAAGUUAGAUUUCCAUCGACAAUUUCACCGGAAGCAAAAGAUAUGCUAUCUGGAUUGUUGAAAAAAGAUCCUACUCAUCGUUUAGGUGGUGGACCAGACGAUGCUAAACAAAUAAUGUUUCAUCCAUUCUUUCGUGGUGUUAACUGGCAAGAUGUCCUUGAGAAAAAGAUUGAACCACCAUUUAAACCACAAGUGACAAGUGAAACUGAUACAAAAUAUUUUGACCAAGAAUUUACUGGCGAAUCAGUACAGCUAACACCACCUGAACGUACGAAUACGUUGAGUUUGAUUUCCGAAGAAAUUGAACAGCCUUAUUUUCAACAAUUCUCUUAUCAUGGCAGUGCUACAACAUUGGCAGAUAGUGUAAAUUCAUGAUGAUGAAUUUAUUGAAAUGAAUAAACAAAAAAAAAUAAUAAUGAUCAUUGCCGCCAUCAUCAUAAUAUAUGAUUUCAUUUCAUCAUUGAUAAUUGAUCCUCAUUUUUCAUCAAAUCACAUACACAUCCCGCCAUUCUGAUAAUCGUCUCUUUCAAACACACACACAUACACAUAUUCAGAGUGAGAUUUUCGUUAUUCUACCAAACACACGAAUAAGCAAGAAAAAUUAUUGAUCCAUUAACACAUACAAAGAAAACCGCCUUGUCAAAGUUCAUUCAUUCGCCAUUGAAACAUGUGAGAGAAAAAAAAUUCAAUUCUCAAUUCUUCUUCACAUUCUUUUUUUU